AUGGGGGGUGAGAGAAAAUUUGGCUUUUCCCGCUCAGCGCGAAAGACGGUGGCCGGGACGCCCACGAUCGCAUUCGUGGCGUCGGGGGAACUGAGCACGGUGGGCGCGCCCGCAGACAAGGACAAGGAGGACGAGCGCGACGAGGAGGCGGACGCCGAGCCGGAGGUGCAGCCCGUGGGCCAGGACUACAUCGAGGAGAUCCGCGGCGACGACGGCAAGGCGCUCAGCUUCAACUGCAAGCUCUGCGACUGCAAGUUCAACGACCCCAACGCCAAGGAGAUGCACAUGAAGGGCCGCCGCCACCGGCUGCAGUACAAGAAGAAGGUGCAGCCCGACCUGGAGGUGAAGGUGAAGCCGUCCACGCACCAGCGCAAGCUGGCCGAGGCCAAGGCGCAGAGGCUGCUCGUCCGCGACGAGCUCUGGGCCAGGCGGCGCAUGCACGACGGCAUGGAGGACGAGGAACGUGCCUAUUGGGAGGGCGGUGCGGAGGGCUGGUGGCCACGUGGUCCGCUGCCGCCACACCUGCACCACCACCACCAUGGCAUGGGCGUGCCGUACGGCGCGAUGGCGCGCCGCAGCGAGACGGCCGACGACCGGCACGUGCUGGCGCGCCACGCCGAGAUCUACCCCGCGGAGCAGGAGCUGGCCGACAUCCAGCGCGUGGUCUCGCACACGGAGCGCGCGCUCAAGUCGCUCUCCGACGCCCUGGCCGACCUGCCCAGGGCCAAGGGGCCGAAGGAGGACAAGCCGGAGGCCAAGGAGGACGGCCGCGACAACCAGCUGUUCUCGUUCGUGGGCGAGGGCGAGGCGGCGGCGGGGGCGGCGGGGGCGGGGGCGGGGGCGGGGGCGGGCGGCGGCGAGGGCGCGGCCGCGGCGCGCGCGCUCAAGGGCGUGAUGCGCGUGGGGCUGCUGGCCAAGGGGCUGCUGCUGCGCGGCGACCGCGACGUGCGGCUCGUCGUGCUCUGCCACGACCGCCCCACCGUCACGCUGCUCAAGCGCGUCGCCGCAGACCUGCCGCUGCACCUGGCGCGCCUCAAGGGCCCCGGCGACGAGAGCAAGUACAAGGUGGAGCUGCAGCCGGCCGAGGGCGCCGUGCAGGUGUCGGACGGCAACGUGAACGUGCUCGUCAGCCUCACGUCGGCCGUCAUGCGCGAGCCCGCAGAGGGUGGCGACAUAAAGCGAGACGACAAGGAUGUGCUACCGCGGCAGAAGUGUUUGGACGCGUUGGCCGCCCUUCGGCACGCCAAGUGGUUCCAGGCGCGGGCGGCCAGUCUGCAGUCGUGCGUCAUCAUCAUCCGCGUCAUGCGCGACCUCUGCCGCCGCAUACCCAACUGGACGCCGCUCAAUCCAUACGCGAUGGAGCUUCUGGUGUCCGGGGUGAUGCAGUCGGCGGGCGCGGCGCUCUCGCCCGGGGAGGCGCUGCGGCGCGUCAUGGAGGCGGUGGCGGGCGGCCUGCUGCUGGAGCAGGGCCCCGGCCUGAGGGACCCCUGCGAGAAGGAGCUCGUAGACGCCCUGGGUAACCUGCCCCCACAAAAACGAGAGGAUUUGACAGCAUCUGCCCAACAAUUCCUAAGACAAAUUGCAUUCAGGCAAAUACACAAGGUGCUGGACAUGGAGCUGCUGCCGAAGCUGAAGCACGCGGGCGGCGGAUGGAAGUUCCCGCGCAAGCGCAGGCGCUCCAACACCGACACGGAGCCCGACCAGCCCAACGGUGAGGGUAAAGUGGUAAAGACCGAGGAGAAGAUGGACGCAACUGAUGCAACAGUGGCAAAUGUGAAGAAG